GAAAGCAUGCCCAUAUUGAAAAAAAAUUUAAAAACCAAGACUUCCCUCUCAUCAUUUAAGAAAAAUUUAAAUGGAAACCCUAAAAUAACGAAAGAAAAAGAAUUCAUUUUUAAUAACGAUCAAUUGAAAAAAAAUUCAAUAACAAAUUUUAGAAAAAUAUUAACAUUCUAUCGCAAUUUACAUCGAGAUGUUCGUGACAAAAAGCUAGCUGGAUUUCAUAUUUCAUUUACAGAUUACUGGGGCAGAGCACUAUCAAAAAAGAUUUUGCCAUUUCAAGAAAAUAAAUCAUUGACAUUCUCAAGCGUUAGAAAGCUACCAUCUUUCAAAAACUAUGAUCUACCAUUUCCAAUUUUGAUUUCCAAUCUACGAUGGCCCACCAACGACUUGGAAAAAAUAAACAAUGAUUUAAUUGACAGCAAAACUUCACAAAUAUUUGAAUUCAAUCCAUAUGAGUUUGGCAGCUGGGAAUCAUACUUAGAAGCAUUUGUAAAAAUUAAGUAUUUAGGUACAAUGCUAAAUGAUGGUAUUCCAAUCUUUAAAAUUAAUAACAAUUCAAUUUGUGUGAAUGGGUUUGACAACAUCGGGUUUAUUACAGCAACUUCAUCGUCGUUAUUUAACAGUGUUAUUUUCUUCAUUUGGAAAUUGAUUGGCAGAAGCAAGAAAGAGACAUAUACAGCAUUUAACACAGUUUUGAAAAUUUUUGGAUUAAAUAUCAACGACAAUAAUCAAAGUACCGGUUUUAAUAAGCAUCAUCCUGAUUACGCACUAUUUUCUCCCAACCCAUUUUUCGGGUACAACCAUGGUAAAAAUUCAUUAAAAAUUAGCAAAAUUCCUCAUUUGUUUUUGGUUGAUGGCGGAGAAGAUGGACAAAAUGUACCAUUUCAGCCAUUUUUAACAGUUAAAAAUAGAGAGGUUGAUUUAAUUAUUGCAAUUGAUUCCACAUCGGAUAAAUGCAAUUAUCCCAACGGCACAACUUUAAAAUUAACUGCUCAAAGAUAUCAUGGUUCUAGUUUUAUUGAUAACAAUAACCAAAGCACUUAUGAAUCUAUUAUGAAUACUAGCAGAAAUAAUUUUGAUUAUAUUAAUAAUAGAAAUAAUGAAAAGUUAAAAAACAGUACAAAAAUAAAAAUUGAAAAUAGACAUGAUGACAUACCAAGUAGUUUUUGGACGGCAGUUGGUGACAAGGAAAAAAUAGUUGAGCACGAUAUCUUUCCUGAAAUUCCAGAUUUAGGUGAUUUGGUAAAAAACAAUUUUAAUAAAAAACCGGUGUUUUUCGGUUGUGACCUAGAUAAGGCAUAUCCUGUUAGGGCCUUCAAUAAUAAAAAUGCUGAACACAAAGAUAAAACCAAAACCAAAAUCAAAACUAGAAACAAUAACGGCACAAAAAAGAUCUGGUUUCCACCAUUAAUUGUUUAUUUUCCAAACUCUAAUUAUACGUUUGAAUCAAAUCAGUCAACUUUCAAACUACAAUACGGACAUGAUGAAGAAUGUAAAAUGAUUGAAAAUGGCUAUAGUAUAUUGACAUACGGAAAUUCAUCGAGUUAUUUAACUAAUAAAGAGAAUUAUGAAACCGAAAAUAUUCGGUUUGAUCAGUGUAUGGGAUGUGCAGCGAUGAAGAGAGAGUUUGAUAGAAUUGAAAGAGGAAUAAACAGAAAUUAUUUUCAAAAGGAAUCAAAACAUAAUUUGAAGAAAAAUAUUUAUUAUAGUGUAAAUAACCAGACUGAGAUAUUUGAGAUUCCUAAAAUCUGUGUCAAAUGUUUUGAAAAAUUUUGUUAUAAUUAACGAGCUGAAGAAAGGAG